CACCAGCGCAAGGCACGCGGAUCGGGGGGCCCUGUGUGCGCCUCGCCUGGCCCUCCUGAUGUCGUUGCCCGACUGCUGACACCCGCACCCCCAUCCCGCCUCGGCGUGGUCUGCGGAGAUUCCAGCAGAGGCCGAGAGCUUCCUUCGCACCGCGGGAAUGGAGGUAAAUUGUUUAACACUAAAAGACCUGAUCAACCCCAGGCAGACCAGACUCGAUUUUGCCACUGAAGAUGGGGAAAGUGCACACAAGGAAAAUAUAUUUGUUGAUCGAUCAAGAAUGGCUCCAAAGACACCAAUAAAAAAUGAACCAAUUGAUCUAUCAAAGCAAAAACUCUUCACCCCGGAAAGAAAUCCCAUUACUCCAGUUAAGCUUGUUGACCGACAGCAGGUGGAGCCAUGGACACCCACCGCCAACCUGAAGAUGCUCAUCAGUGCUGCCAGCCCAGACAUAAGGGACCGGGAGAAGAAAAAGGGACUGUUCAGGCCCAUUGAAAACAAGGAUGAUGCAUUUACAGACUGUUUACAGUUAGAUGCUGUUGGGGACAGUGCUGUGGAUGAAUUUGAAAAGCAGAGGCCAAGCCGAAAACAGAAAAGUUUAGGACUGCUGUGCCAGAAGUUUCUAGCUCGCUAUCCAAGUUAUCCCUUGUCAACAGAGAAAACAACCAUCUCCCUAGAUGAAGUUGCUGUCAGUCUUGGUGUGGAGAGGAGACGUAUCUAUGAUAUUGUAAAUGUGCUGGAGUCGCUACAUCUGGUCAGCAGAGUCGCCAAGAAUCGGUAUGGCUGGCAUGGUCGGCACAGCCUGCCCAAAACCCUGAAGACUCUCCAGAGACUAGGAGAGGAACAAAAAUAUGAAGAGCAGAUGGCCUACCUCCAACAGAAGGAGCUGGAUCUGAUGGAUUUUAAAUUUGGAGAACGUAGAAAAGAUGGCUAUUCUGAUUCUCAGGAUCAACAGUUACUGGAUUUCUCUGAGCCCGACUGUGUUUCCUCAUCUGCUAACAGUAGAAAAGAUAAGUCCCUGAGAAUCAUGAGCCAGAAGUUCGUCAUGUUGUUCCUGGUCUCCAAAACCAGAAUUGUUACUCUGGAUGUAGCUGCCAAGAUACUAAUAGAAGAGAGCCAAGAUACUCCAGAUCACAAUAAAUUUAAAACAAAGGUACGACGUCUCUAUGACAUAGCCAAUGUUCUGACCAGCUUGGCUCUGAUAAAGAAAGUCCACGUAACAGAGGAACGAGGACGUAAACCAGCCUUCAAAUGGAUCGGGCCUGUGGAUUUCAGUUCCAGUGAUGAAGAACUUGCAGAUGUCUCUGCAUCUGUCUUACCAGAACUGAAAAGACAAACAUUUAGUAAGCUUCAAGUUGGUGCGAAGCAGAGGCUGGCUCGCUAUGGCUCCUUGAACACAGUUCAGACUUCCGAGAAGGUACAGAGAAAAGGGAACUCGGAACCCAGCAGCCCCUACAGAGAAAACCAAGGACCAGGUGGCUACUCCCUAGAAAUUGGAAGUCUAGCAGCUAUCUACAAACAGCAGAUAGAAGGCAAUUCACAGGGGAAAGCCAGUAAGAGAGUGGUACCUCCAGCAAGCAGUGUGGACUCCUUCCCUGGCGACUCAGAAUAUUGUGUUAAUCCUUCAGCUCAUCAAGUAUUGUCAGUUGCUCAAAUAGACCUGCAGGCAUUCUCUAUGCAGACUGGUCAGAACGGACAAGGAAGCCUCCCUCUCCUUUCUACAGCAUCUGAGGCGGAGAAUCUGAAGCCAGCUUUGCUUGCUGGCCAGCCUGUAGUGUAUGUGCCCUCUGCCUCACUGCUCAUGCUGUGUGGGAAUCUCCAGGAGGGAUCAGCCUCAGGACCACUGUCAGAGAGAGAUGUCAAGAGCUUGGAAGUCAUGGCCAGAGCGGAGUUACCAUUGACAUCCUCGACGCAGAAGCGCCUCUGUGAGGAGCGGAAGCCCCAGGAAGAGGAUGAGCCUGCCAGUAAAAGACAAAGUCAGGAAUUUGAAGACAAUCCCUUGUCCCUUGUCAUGUCCAAGAAACCCUCAGAUUCCACAGACCUUGACUCUAUGAAGAGCAUGGGGAGCAAAGGAUUCACACCCCUGGAAGACCUUCCUGUGAUUGCUCAGUUCCCCGCUGCAGAAGGCAUUUCAGGAAGGGCUGAUGCAAACUCCUUUACUUCCUCUGAAUGUGAAAAUCCUUUGAGAAACACAGACCCUGAAAACCUCUCAAAAGAAAACGAAAGUGCCAAAGAGUCCCCCUCCUUACAGUAUCUCUACGUUCAAUCACCAGCCGGAUUAAAUGGUUUCAAUGUGCUCUUACCCGGCAGUCAAACCCCACAUGUCGUGGGACCAUCCUCAGGUCAGCUGCCGUCCUUCAGUGUUCCUUGCAUGGUCCUUCCGUCUCCAACCCUGGGCCCGUUUCCUGUUCUCUAUUCUCCUGCAAUGCCAGGAUCUGUUUCAUCUGCUUCCGGCACUCUCCCAAACACAGGACCUGUCAAUUUCAGCUUGCCUGGCCUUGGAUCCACAGCUCAUCUUCUCAUCAGCCCUCCAGCCGUGGUUAAUCAAAAGUCAUCCGGGCUCCCACCUGCAGACCCUCAGCUUCAGGGUCAGCCCUCACUGAACCAGAGUCCAGUGGUGUCAAGGUCAAACAGCAGCAUCCAGUCUGAGUCAUCUGCCUACACAGGACAUCCAGUCUCUGUAGUGAAACCAGAACAGUCCCCUGCUCCGGCGACACCCAAGAGCAUCCGCUGUACACAUCAGGAGGCAUUUUUCAAGACCCCUGGCAGCCUUGGAGACCCCAUCCUUAAGAGAAAAGAAAAGAACCAGUCUCGAAACAACAGCUCAGCCCAGAGGAGACUAGAAAUCCCCAGCAGUGGGCCUGACUAAGCUGAUGCUCCGGCAGGUGGCGGUCGGAUCCCACCUACUUG